AUGACAGCCGCUGUAGCGACCAUGUCCCCGACCUCCGCGAACAGUUCGGCCAGUCUGCCUCAUCUGCAUGCGGCCUCGAGUCAAGGCCACGGCCCUUCGCGGGAGGCCUCGCCGGCGCCAUCGGCCGGAAGCAGCCACCUGCUGGCCCCCACGAGUGUCGCACCUUCACCGUCGCCGGAACCGCCUGUCCGAGCAGACUCGACCAAGACCGCCGAUUCGACCCAGUCGUCGCUGUACGACGGCAGUGCGAGCAGUCGAUCGCACAGCAUCUCGUCGUCCGAAGGUCACUCGAACUCGACCUCGACUUCGACCACCGGUACCGGGCUCGGCCUCGGUGCGUAUCAAGCCGGCGGCGCCCCUUUGCCGUCGCCGCCUGGGAUCCAGAUGAAGCAUUCUUACCAGAUGGAGCGCGUCCCCUCUCGCCACAUGUCGCUCGAGGUUUCGUCGCGCUCAUCCUCGACCGAGACGCCCGACCAUGGCCCACCGGAUCAUUCUAAACUCCGAGCCGCCGCGGCGGCGCUCCCCGGUCACGCGUCGUCCUCGGCGUACCGAGAAAACGCCCACGGCUCAAACCAUCACGCCCCCUCCGGGGCCCACGGCCACGCCCAUGGUCACGGGCACGGACAUGGCCCCUCCCAUGGUCAUCCUGGCCAACACUCACCUUCGAGCAACGCCGGAUCGGGCUCCGUUACCCCGGGCGGAACGGCGACGCCUCCGCAGUUCAUCUUCUCCAAGGUCGGCGAGCGCCAACGCGCCGCCUCGUACACGAGUCUCCACAACCACCACGCCGUGCACCACAUGCCGACGCCGUCUCGCCAAUCGACCAAGACGCACCAUUCGGGCCCUCUGCACGACUUGCGUCGCUUCCUCAAUAAUCAUAUCCACCACUCCAACUCGGACAAGCAUCUCGACCGCCACGGCCACCGCAGCGACUCGCACGACACGAGCUCACGAGUCUCGACCCGGCACGGCUCCCCGAGUGCCAAGUCGAGUCCCACCAACUCCGCACCGGGGACGCCUACGAGUGAACGAGUGCUCGACUACACCUCGACCGCCUCGCACCCGAGCCACCACCGCCACGGCCGCGACUCGCCCCCACUCGGCGAGGACCAUGCCCACUUGACCAAAAAGUACGGCAAGUGGGGCAAAAUGCUCGGCUCCGGUGCCGGCGGAACCGUCCGCCUCAUCAAGCGCUCGAGGGACCACAGGGUGUUUGCGGUCAAGGAGUUCCGAGCCCGGAGAUCGGGAGAGAGUGAGAAAGAAUAUGUGAAGAAGGUUACGGCCGAAUUUUGCGUGCGUCCUUUCUGUCCUUUGCUUUCACCCGGCCCGCGAGGGUCACUCUCGUUCCGCUUUCCGCCCACUGUUCGGACAGCCGAGCUGACAGUUUUGGGCUCGUACCCAUGGCCCGUUUUCCUUUCAUGCAGAUCGGCUCGACGUUGCACCAUCCCAACAUCAUCGAGACGCUCGACAUCAUCUCUGACAACGGCCACUACUACGAGGUGAUGGAAUACGCCGAAUACGACCUCUUCUCGAUCGUCAUGAGCGGACGUAUGACGCGCCCCGAGAUCUACUGCGUCUUCAAGCAGAUCGUCUCGGGUGUUGACUACUUGCAUCAGAUGGGAUUAGCCCAUCGGGAUCUUAAGCUCGACAACUGCGUCAUGACGGGCAACAACACGGUCAAGAUCAUCGACUUUGGCACGGCCGUCGUGUUCCACUAUCCUGGUCAGAAACCGGUCAAGGCCGGCGGCGUCGUUGGUUCUGACCCUUACCUCGCCCCCGAGGUCAUCAGCAAGAAGGAGUACGACCCGCGAUUGACCGACGUGUGGUCUGUAGCCAUCAUCUUCAUGUGCAUGAUCCUGCGACGUUUCCCUUGGAAGCUGCCCGACGCCAAGGCCGAUGCUUCGUACCGACUCUACGUCAGCUCUCAUCCCGAGCUCUGCGUCGCCCCCUCGGGCCCCGAUGCGACGAUUGGUGGCAAGCCAUUACCUUGCCGCUCGGUCACGCUCGACCCCGUCUCGCGUGCUACAACCAAGUCGGGGUCCAGUUCGCCCGUCCAUGACAACUUGUCGCGAAGCAGUUCCUCUGCCGGUGGCCAAGCGGCACCCAUCGACAACGCGACCCGACGACGCGAUCUUGCUGGACUCAACAUCACAGCUUUGGCCCGCGUCGAGUCGCCCUCGUCGCUCUCGGCAGCUGGUGUCAACGCGGCCUUGUCCCCGUCCGAUUUCGAGAGCCACAGCCCACCCACUGCGACCUUCGCUUCGCUCGGUCUUGAGCACCACGAUAAGGAGGGCGGUGUGGACGGUACGCAGGCGACGCUCAAGGCCACAAACUCGACCGUUCGCCCCGAAGCGACGGACUCUCCCCCAAUCAAAUCCACGGUCUCGCACGAGAGCGAUUCAACCGCGGCCAGUGAUUACGCCCCUCUGCGCCGAGGGUUCUCGGUCGCUUCGGACGCGACCUGGACGACGGGCGCCGCAGACUCGAUCUUCCGCCUCUUGCCCCGCGAGACACGCUCUUGCCUGACGCGCAUGUUGACGAUCGAGCCUUCGAUCCGUUGCACGCUUGCCGACCUCCUGCGAGGUGGUGACGCCGAUAUCGCCGACCCUGCUCGACAAGACGAAUGGUUGCCGACGGUUGAGAUGUGCAUUCAACACGGUGGGAUCCCCCGAGGUCGCGAGGAUGCUCAUGACCACGUCAAGAUUAUGCCUGAAGGUGUCAAGCCGCCCAAGAACAAGAAGUAA